UGCCCCAGCCUUCCUAAGUAGAGCUUGAUUUUCGUGAAGAAAGGUUGAGUAUGUUGCAGACAAUUGCUAAAGAGUACAAGGAAUUAAUAACCCUGGUCUACUAUUUUAUUAAUACCGCUCUUACAAUCCUCGGCUUUGCAGCUGGAACUAUUUACUUAUGGCACAGAAAUCGAAGGGACGAGGAGAGGCGUGCAAAGGAGGAUAGGGAACACCAGGAGAGACGUGAACAGGAGAAUCGGGAAUACCAAGAGAGACGUGAACAGGAGAAUCGGGAAUACCAAGAGAGACGCGAACAGGAGAAUCGGGAACGCCAAGACAGACAGAAACAAGAGGAUCAGGAACGCCAAGACAGACGUGACAAAGAAGAGCGAAGAGACCAUCAGAGGCGAGAAUGGCGUCAGUUCACGGAAAUAAUUUUUAAAGAUUACAGCAGUCUGAAACGAAACCAGAUCCUAGAGAACAUAUUAAAAGUAAAGAAAACUUUUGACAAAUUUCCAAUUCAUUCUGAAGUAACUGGUCUUGAUGUUUUGAGAUACUGGCUCGCUGAUGAUCACUACCAAAAUGUUUCGAUCGAAUCACCCCAGCUGAGGGCCCUUCGUGAAGACCUCCACACGAUCUACCGGUCGCUAAGUUCCUGCUCUUCGUUGAUCCAUUUAGGAGAAGUGCCCAAAAAUACGAAGGAAGAAUUAAGAGGUGUAGUGGAAGAAUUGGGGAAUGCAGCAAAGCCUUUCUUAACUGGUGAUAAACUAGAGGUCGCUUUGACUUGCCUCAAAAACUUUGGUGGGGGCAAACCAUAUGCAGGUCCUGAAAGAAAAGUGCCCGAUAAGCCACUUGAAGAUAUUGUUCCAUAUGUAAAUAGCCUGAAGUUAGUUAAUAAUGCUCGUCGGGAGCCAAACCAAUCUGACUUUUCAACACCAAUAGCACCAAUUGGUACAAAAGAUUAUAGCCAGUGCACCAAAUUUUCACUAACAAUGAUGUGGUUUGACAAGGAACAUUUUUCCCUCAGGGAACUCCAUCACAUUCUAGAAGUGGAAGAAUAUAGGACUUAUCAUACUUGUAUCAAAGAGUUUAAAGCACAACAAGUAAAGUCACCUCUAAACUUGACUGACCCUAUUGUCAGCAAGGAUAGCCAUAAAGAAGUUGUUGCAAAGGUGCUGCAUGAGAUACGUUAUAUCCAUUAUCUUCAGAGCAAACUAGAGUCACCAAAGAUUGACGGAAGAAUUGUGAAUAUACUAAAUCAGCUUUUUGAGAAAAUAACUAAGUCACUACCGUUAUGAAGCCAUCAAAGACUUUAUUAAAGAUGUAUAGGUAAUCUUAAACUAAUUGCGGAUGAUCCUCCCAAUCAUAUUUGCAGUUCUGAAUUUUUUAGAAAUUUUUGCAUCUUCUGGGACCAAGUGCAAGGAAUGUUUACAAUUGAAGCUCAGAAGCGUCCCUUGCUUUCUCUUUCCCUUGCACUCUGUAUCAGAUGGGGAGAACAGUGAAGACCACCCAGUAUAUCUUUUUUAACCCUUUAACUCCCAGGAUCUGAUUGUUAAUUCUCACCUCUAGCUGCUACACAUUUCCUUUUAAA